CCACCACGUCGCAGAACCCGACUGGACUGCGCCUGCGUAGGUUGCGCAAAGCCCAGCGCUCUGAGGUUUGCGGUCAUUGCUGGCUGGUGUCUGUGUAGAAAAAUCGCUCUUCUCACCAGCUUGCAUAUCUGAACCGCCCAGCAAUCUGGUCUCUGGCUUCGACUUUGUGCUGAGGCACCGACACACCUACCAUCCUCUCUCCGAGGGAUCGCUGACCUCCCUGUUCCUGCUCCUGUCUCCUGGAAUCAUGUCUCUGGUAAGCCAGAAUGCGUGCCACCGCAGUUUAGAGACCACUGCAGAUUACAGCGACUUCCAGGUUGAUAUGCGGUCUACUAAUGCCUCCGGGCCCCCCACUUCCAUGCUAGUUCCUAAUGCCCCUCAGGGCCCUCAGGGGCCUAUCGGCCCUCAGGACGCCAGCACUUCCCAGGCUGCGCAGGACCCUAACGACCUCGAGGUGCUAAUCGACGAGCAGUCCCGACGUUUGGGGGCGCUCAGGGUCCAUGACCCACUAGAAGACAGGUCGAUUGCUUUGGUAAAUUUCAUGCGAAUGAAAAGCCAAAUCGAGGGGUCUAUUCAGCAGACAGAGAUGCUGGAGUUCCUCAGAGAAUACUCAGAUCAGUUCCCUGAGAUCCUCAGACGAGCCUCAGCCCAUCUGGAUGAGGUUUUUGGGUUGAACCUGAGGGUUCUUGAUCCCCAGGCUGACACCUACAACCUAAUCAGCAAACGAGGUCUCCAGACCACUGAUCGGAUAGCAGAAUCCCUGGACAUGCCAAAGGCAAGUCUCCUGGCCUUAGUCCUAGGCCACAUUCUCCUGAAUGGUAACCGGUCGAGAGAAGCCUCCAUUUGGGACCUGCUGCUAAAGGUUGAUGUAUUAGAUGAGCCCCAGAGGAUCAACAUCCCCUUUGGGAACACAAGGAACCUCCUAACUACUGACUUUGUACGUAUGGGGUUCUUGGAGUACUGGCCAGUGUAUGGCACUAAUCCCCUCGAAUUUGAGUUCUUGUGGGGCUCUAGAGCCCACAGGGAAAUCACAAAGAUGGAAGCCCUGAAGUUUGUGGCAGAGGCCCAUGAUGAAGAACCGUGGAGCUGGCCAGAAGAAUACAAUAAGGCUUUGGAAGCUGACAAGGCCAAAGAAAGAAGUGAGGCUGCUGGCUUGGAGUUCUGGUCAGAAGACACUAUGAAUGAUAAGGCAAAUGAUUUGGUUCAACUGGCCAUUAAUGUCACUGAGGAGCUGUUGCCUAUACAUCAGGAUGAGCUAUUGGCUCACACUGGCAAAGAAUUUGAGGAUGUGUUCCCAAACAUUCUCAGUAGAGCUAUUCUAAUCCUUGAUCUGUUCUAUGGGUUUUCUCUGAUUGAAGUUGAUACCAGUGAGCACAUCUAUCUCCUCGUCCAGCAACCAGAGUCAGAAGAAGAGCAAAUGAUGCUAGAGAGCCUGGGGAGACCUACUCAAGAAUAUGUGAUGCCAAUCCUGGGUUUGAUUUUCCUGAUGGGCAAUCGUGUCAAAGAGGCCAAUGUCUGGAAUUUGCUUCGGAGAUUUGGUGUGGAUGUAGGAAGAAAGCAUGCCAUCACCUGCAAGCUUAUGAGACAGCGCUACUUGGAAUGCAGGCCACUGUCCUACUCUAAUCCAGUUGAAUAUGAGCUUCUGUGGGGUCCUCGAGCUCACCUUGAAACCACCAAAAUGAAAGCCUUGGAGUACAUGGCCAAGCUGUAUAAAAAGCGACCACAGGACUGGCCAGAGCAAUAUAGGGAAGCUGUUGAAGAUGAGGAGGCCAGAGCCAGAUCUGAGGCAACUGCCAUGUUCUUCUUCAGCCCCAUGUGAAGUCUGGGAAAAACAUGUCACCUAAUUUGGGUGGCAUUAAUUAAAGAGGCCCUGGGGAAAUGGGCAAUGAGGUCCUAAAUCAGCAGUUGGGCAGAGUUAGUGUGGAAAGUACACAUUGUGCUUACUACUUGUGUUCCAUUUCUAAUAGUAUUUCCUUCCUUUUAAUACACCCUUGAAUUAGAUUCAUGAUUAGUGUUUAUAAGUGAAAUUGCUCAUUUGCCAUUCCUGUCUUGUUUCAAUAUAAAAGUUCAGAUAGCUGCAUAAAAUGUAUUGGUAAUAUUUACAUCUUUGAUGUGAAAAAGAAUAUACAGUUGUUUCUUUAAUCAUUUGAAAUAAUCAGUAAAAUGGUCUGGUAUAGGAGUUAAGUAACAACAGUAACAACAUACAUACAACAAGAACAAACACAAAAUCAGUGAUUUGUGGAUGCUUUCUCAUUGGACCUACUGUUUUAUUAAAAUAAAAUACUGGCAUUUAUCUGUAUUUGCUUUGUGGUUCCAUAGUGUAGUGAAAAAUAAAAGCAUGAUGAAUUAGGCUCCAUGCUUAAGCACUCCUUUAUUCAAUAAGCAUUUAUUAAGUACUGCUCUGCCAUGUUCUAAGCACAGUGCUUUUUGCUGGGAAUGUAAGGGUGAAGAAGACCCAGCUGAGCCCCAGGGCUUAGGCGGGGAGAAGCUAUGGAAGUAAACCAACAAUUAUAUUAUUGUUGUGGCAAGUGGUAUAAUAGGGGUAAGAUCAGAGAGCUAUGAUAAUUUACAGGAGUAACUCCCAAAUAAAUUUAGGUUCUGGGAGGGGAUGGUGGAGUGGCAGAGGUGUCAAGCAAAGGAUGAGUAGGGGAGUCAGGGUGAUAGCAGGAGAAGAAGAGGUGGUAUGGGGAGCUGGGGACAAGUUAAUCUUUAGUAAGUUCUGUUGUGAGACCUGAGGUUGGGGAGAGGGAGGGAGAGGUAUUUGAUGAAGUCAGAGACAGUAUGAUAAACAGCUUUGCAGGAUUUAAAUGUAGCUCAGAAAGACAGUAUUGGCGUUCAAGAGGGGAGUGGUAGAGAUAAGCCUGUGGCAGAGAUAAAAAGGUUCAUAUCCUCAGAGAGUGGGUAUUUGGGAAUCAAUAAUGAAUGGCUCUCCUGAAGGCAGCUGGUCUUGGAUUUGGGGUCAGACCAAACAAUCCACCUGGGAGAAUUCUGACCGGCAACCUCUGUCUGCGCUGUUUAUUUCUGCACCCAAGCUGUUAAGGUCUUAGUAUUUUGUUUCUUCAUCCAGAUCCCGGAUCUCGCAGCUUCUUACCCUGUUCGAGGCUCUCCCCAAGUCUUUCCUAGAGAACCGGUAGGUAACAAUUCCCCUGAGCGAGUGCUGGCUCAGUAGUGGAUGUUUUAGGGUAAGUCACCUACAAGGCGAUGUGGCCGGGUAAGAAGGGGACUGCCCAUCAGUGGUGUAGUUUUCAUGCUUCCUCACCUCAUGGCACCCCUAAGCUGUCUGCCCUUUCAUCCAUUUAAUCACUAAAGGCUACCCCCAGAUGCCACCUAUUAUCAGAUGGGAGAGAGAAGACUUUCUUUACAUUUUCUUCAGCCUCAGGAAAAGAAUGACACAAUCGUCUGGCUGGGGAAGGGGACGGGAAGAGGGGAGAUAACACCCUUUCAACCCCCAAGUGCCUCUGCCUUGCAGAAGCCAAAUUAGAGCUGCCUGCUUGGGAAGCCACUGAGCAGGCGCACUCUGCGUUUGCCCGCAACUAAGCCUCAGAGGUCUCCCCAAUCGUAGCAUUCCCAGGAAAACUGAAGGCUAAGGGCUGGAUUUCCGGUGAGGAGAAAAUGAGCAACUGGAGAUCCCGAGCUAAAGGGGAAAACAGGAUGAAGGUGGUGCUGUGAGGCAGGAGAGUAUCCAUUGCAAAAUCUGAACCUUAAAAUCGGGUACUGCCUACAUGCUAAACUGAGAGCCUCUAAUUCUUCAGCAUUCUUGGACCCUUAAUCUGUACAUACUCUUUGGGUGGGGAGAAAGGGACAAGUUGAUUAAGUUGUUAAGUUUUUCUUGCUUUGAUUUUUUUGGGUGGGGGAAUUCGUGCAACUCCUGGAUCCUCAAACACAUCAGCUCUUAUGGGGGCACCAGAAGAGAGAAAUCUGACAAGGAGAAGGUGUAGCACCUGAGUCAACAAUAAUGUAAAGCUGCUGACUUUUUUAGUACUAAAUUUGUGCCAGACACUGUGCUGGGUUCUUCACCUUCUUUAGCUCCAAUCUUUCAACCAGUUCUCUAAGAAGCAUUUUUUUUUUUUUUAAAUAGUCCCAUUUGGCCCUACAGGAAACUGUGUCCUAAGUAAUAUGCCCAGGGUCACACAGCCAGUCAAAAAGAGCUGGUAUUAGGUCUAAAUCUGCUUUUGGCUAUAGUUCACACUGUUGACAGUGCACAGCAUCACAGACCCCCUCGAUCCUGUGCUAUGUCGUCAUUUGAAUUUUUGACUCCCGGAAAAUACAAAAAGGGCUGUAUGCCGGGCUGGGAAGGGCAAGAUGACAGCCCUCCAAAGGAGGAUGAAAGUGAGGCUGAAAUUUCUCCAGACUCUUUCUUGUUCCAUCACUUGGCCUCCAUAAGAGCUGUGCAG